AUGAAGGUAACUGCCAGAGAAGUGGCUAGAUUUACGUUUUACUGGCUUCUGGGUGCGAAACGAAUGCUCCCUAUCCCAGAUUUUCUUAUCGCCGUAGCACGUUCGGCAAGGUGCUUGUCGACUCUGCAAUCGGGGACCAUCAUUGAUUACUGCUGUGGCUUGGUGAUAGAUAACGAAACAAAUACGUUCAGGCUCGCUCAUCCGACGGUUCGAGAAUAUCUCGAAUCCGCUGAGAUCUAUCGCGAUAAAGAAGCGUGCUAUAGCAUGGCCCUGAGGUGCCUGGGUGCAUAUCUGGGCGAAGAUUGUGGUGAAAAUGGAUUCCUCAAAUACGCUACAAACUAUUGGCCAUCUCAUGUGGAGGACCUUGGGUGUGCACCCCAAAGAGCCUAA